AUGGCUGAACAGUCUGCACAAGAGACAGCCGUUGUGCUGACCCUCCCAACUUUUGACAUGACUAAUGUAAACGUGUGGUUCGCCCUGACUGAAGCCAUAUUCCAAGCAAAGCAUAUUCACUCUCAGACUGCGCGUUACGCGUACAUAGUCGAGAAGCUGCCACCAGAGAUCGCUGCUGACGUGCUAGACCUUUUAGAAACCGUUCCCGCUUAUAACCGCUUUGAUAUACUAAAGGAAGCCAUCAUCUACCGUACUGGGAAAUCGCAUGAGCGCAGGUUGCACGAUCUAUUUAAUACUAUACAGCUCGGAGAUAGCCGCCCGUCGCAGUUGCUUAGACUGCCAACCUUCACCCAAGGCAUCACGGAAGGCGGAAAACGCCGAUCCCAGCAGCACUUGAAGGCGGCAUCUACUGUUGGGACACAUAUUACUAACCGUCUCUUCUAUAUAAAAGACAGGAAUUCUAACAUGUCAUUCCUGAUAGAUACAGAAGCACAGCUUAGUGUUGUUCCACCAUCACCCAACUUCACUAUGACUAACUCUUCAGUCACUUUACGCGCCGCUAAUGGCACGGGCAUCAAGACUUUUGGCGAACAAUCGUUAACACUGGAUAUUGGACUUAGAAGGACAUACCAAUGGAUAUUCACCGUUGCAGACGUGAAAUUCCCUAUUUUAGGCGCCGACUUUUUGGCACAUUAUCAACUCAUCGUGGACCUCUUACAGCGUCAGUUAUCUGACUCCACCACGAAGCUAUCUAACCGCGGAAUUAUAUCACAGCUAACAUCUACGGAAUUACGCAUCGCUGUGCCGCGUGAUAAUCCGAUUCAAGAUAUUUUGGAUAAAUUUCCCUCGUUGAUACAGCCUUUUACUUAUACAGAGCCUGUCAAGCACAGCACUGUACACAGGAUUCGAACUCUGUCUAUUCUAAACCUCGCUGUCUUGCGCCGGACAAAUACAAGAUUGCCCGGGCCGAGUUCCAACACAUGCUCGACCUCGGGAUUAUUCGCCCCUCCUCGAGUCCAUAUGCCUCACCGCUUCACAUGGUCACUAAGGCUCAGCAGGGCACCUGGAGGCCGUGUGGCGACUAUAGACGACUUAAUUCACAAACGGUACCCGAUAAGUACCCAGUUCCCAAUUUGA